CAGUCGGCCAUCAUGCGGAAAGACUUCGCCGCCGCGGAGGGUUUCUUCGCGAAGUUGCCCGAGAGCAGCCACAAUCGCGUGGCCCGCUUCCUCGAGAACCAGGGCUACCAGGCAGAAGCGCUGCAGGUCUCCAAGGACGACGAGCACCGCUUCGAGUUGGCGACGCAGCUGGGUAAGCUCCAGAUGGCCGCGGACAUCAUCGUCAGCAUCAGCAGCCAGGCCAACCCGGCCAUGCCGCCGAGGGGCAAGUGGAAGACCCUGGGCGACGUGGCGCUGGAGCAGGGUGACUUCUCCCUGGCCCGGCGCUGCUUCAAGGAGGCCAGCGACCUGGGGGCUCUGUUCUUGGUGCACACCGCGUGCGGGGACGCUGUGGAGCUGCAGGCGACGGCCAAGAUGGCGGCGGACAAGGGCAUCGC